AUGGGAGGCAAGCAGGUUGGAGUUGUUUUUCCGACUGUUGGUGAAAAGAUUGUUAAUCAAUCUGAGUUGGUUUUUGGAUCUAUUCCUAGGAGAUAUGGUAUUCCUAAAUGGUAUGAAAUGUUGGGUUCUCAAAAGGAUGAUGUUAUACAGGAAGAUUUGCCUUAUUCACCUCCUGGUAUGGUUGAUGGAGCUAAACUUACUGUAUUUUAUGAUGAAGAAAUUGCUGAGGAUGUCAACCGAUGUGAAGAUUUAGUUGUUGGGUGUUUUGUUGGUAAGAGAUUGCCGUUUCUAUUGGUGAAAUUUUUUGUUCAGAGGGCUUGGAAGCUGAAAGCAGAUAUGAAUAUGACUUUACAUGGAGAUUCGAUGUUUGUGUUUGAGUUUAAUUCAGCUGAAGAUAGGUCUGCUUCUUUGCAACAAGGUUGUUUGUUCAUUUCUGGUCAGCCUUUUGUUGUUAGACCAUGGUCUCUGUUAAUUGUGCAGGAACUAGCUGAGCUGAAGACUAUUCCAAUUUGGAUCAACAUGAGGAAUGUUCCUUUGCACCUGUGGAAUGCCAAAGGGUUAGGUAAACUUGCAAGUUUUAUUGAUGCUCCAUUACUGUUAGAUAAAAAAAUUUCUACUAGAUCUCGUACGCCUUAUGCUAGGGUUUGUGUAGAAGUUACCGUGGAUUCUGAUUUGCCUAGUCAUAUUGAUGCCUUAGUUGGUAAAACCAAAAUUCAAAUUCAUGUUGAAUAUAAUUGGAAACCACAAAAAUGUGCUCACUGUGCUGUAUUUGGGCAUUCUCAAGACAAAUGUGUUGCUGCUUCCAAUGCUGCUAAGGAAGCUGCAUCAAGAGUUAUGGCAUCCAAUUUAGAAAAAAACAAAAAUGUUGGAGGUGAUGGUUGGAUGGUUAAGAAUUUGAAAAGAGGAAGGGGUAAAAACUUCAAUAAGGAAAAUAUUGCUCAAAAUAUAGGAGGUGCAUCUAGUAAUGGGACCUCUCAUUUGAAGGAGAAUUCCUUAGUUACCCAUAACAGGUUUAAUCAGUUGGUUGAGAAUAGUGCAAGAGAAAAUAUGGAAGGGGUAGUACAAUCAGUAGUUCAGGAAUCAAAUACUGCGCUUACUCCUAUUAACUUAGGUAGUGGUACUUCAAACAAUACUUCAAAUGUAGUGCAAGGAACUGAUGGUAAUUCUCUUAUGUAUUUAACUGAUGGUUCUGGUUUUGUUCAAACUCAAGUUGAUAAACUUGAUGUGGUCCAGCAUGAAGGGGAGAUGGCAGGAGCUAGAGCUCAUUUUCUACCUAAAUCCUCAACUCAGAGUAAGAAUUUGUUAAAUAUGAAGGCUGCUGAAAAGAAGUCUGGAAAGAUUAAGAAAUCUAAUCCUUCCCAUGGUUAA